AUGUUUAAGCUACCUUCAUUUUCAUUUGUGGCAUUGGUAUUAUCCUUGCCUUUGAGAUAUUCGUACUUUGUGAUUAAGUACUAUGUUUACGGGACCGGUUCAUUCGUGAAGUACCAGAACAGCUUAGAAAAAUUUCUAAGUGUCUCAAUGAUAACUACGAUAUACAACAACGUCCAGCAUCAAGACUUGCAUUUCUUAGCAAACUAUCAGAUAUCUUUCACCUUAAACCUCUUCAAGCGUAGUCAUUCGCUGUUUGUUAAAGAAAAGUUACCAGGGUAUGGAGAAAAAUACGAUGCCAACUCCACUUGGCUCGUAAAGCUGGACACUAACGACUCUAAUGACCCGGUAAUAGUCUAUUUACACGGUGGUGGAUACGCUUACCAAUUAGGUCCAAGUCAGUUAGAAACAGUCAUCUCUACAUAUUUACUUUUAGAUCCUUCAAAGCGCAGUAAAGUUUCCAUAUUAAUUUUAGACUACAAGUUGUCCUCUAUGGGAUUUAAAUUCCCAACUCAAAGAGACCAACUCCAUGAAACAUACCAGAACUUAACAAUUAGAGAAGGAUACAAAAAUAUUACACUUAUAGGUGACUCUGCUGGUGGUCAUUUAGCAUUGGAAUAUUUACAAUAUUUAAAAUCUUUGACCCAAGAUAAGUUAAUAGAUGCUGAGGAAUUGGAAACUGAGAAGGUGAUCUUCCCAACUAACUUGGUACUUGUUUCUCCAUGGGUUAGAGUGCUCGUUAAACCAGAUCAGUAUGUUCCAGGUAUUUCUCAUUAUGACAAUAGGAAUAGAGAUAUUAUAAGGUAUGGUACUUUUAGUAAGCCUGAAGUAUUGCAAUCUACGUUUGGAGAUGCACUAUAUGAUAGCGUUGGUAUCUCACCUCUACUGAACCCAUUCUCCAUAAACGAUUGGAAUGAUAUUCCUACAAUCAAACUGAACGUAUUGAUUCUUGCUGGUGAAUACGAAACUUUAAGGGACGAUGUAUUAGAAUUUGCUGAAAAUGUGUUUGGCUGUCCAGCCCAUAGUGGAACACAUGGAGCUUAUGAAGUGUCUGAUGGUAAUUAUCACCCAUCAAUUCAUGAAUUCAAGACAGAAACUGAAAAUGGAAAGAUUGGCUUUGAGCUAUUUGUUGAGCCUUGGGGAGUUCAUGACGCAGCCUUCUUGUUUGAAUCGGCAAUUUCAAAAUUGAACAAAGGAAAUAUCGAUGUAAAUGACUUGGAAGAAAAGGAUUUCUUCGGCCUUAAAAAGAUUGUUAAUUUCUUAAACGAAGCUUUAUAA